GAGGUGAGAGAGAAACGCUUAAUUCGGGAAUGGAUUUGGGAGUCUAGGGACGCUGAAGGAAUAGGGGUCCUUCUGCCUCAGGGCCUGAGAAGAUCGGCACCGUGGAGCCCCGCCGGACCCGCGACCUACCACGGAAUAAAUCCAGUCGAGAGUGCGGCGGCUUACGGGCCUCAUGGGUUCGCCGCAGCCGCCGGGGUCUCCGCUGUCUCGCGAGGAGGGUGAAGCGCCCCGGCCCGCGCCCGCUCCCGAGGGCCGGCGGAGAAGUCGCCGGGUGCGUCUCCGCGGAUCCUGCCGUCACCGACCCAGCCUAUUGGGCCGCCGGGAGCUCGCCGCCAGCACCCCGACCGGGCCGGAGCCGGGCUCCACCGAGAUAAUGGCAUCGGCUACCAAGGAAUUUAAAAUGGAUAGCUUUUCACCUAAAGCUGGUACUAGCAAAUUGCAACAGACAGUACCAGCUGAUGCAUCUCCUGAUUCGAAGUGUCCUAUAUGUUUGGAUAGAUUUGAUAAUGUGUCUUACUUAGACCGCUGCUUACAUAAGUUCUGUUUUCGCUGUGUACAGGAGUGGUCAAAAAACAAAGCUGAAUGUCCACUAUGUAAACAACCUUUUGACUCUAUUUUCCAUUCUGUGCGGGCAGAAGAUGACUUCAAGGAAUAUGUCCUAAGGCCUUCAUAUAAUGGAUCUUUUGCUACCCCUGAUGUUCGAAGGUUCCGCUAUCGCACAACUAUGACAAGGGAACGGGAACGGGAACGGGAACGAAGUAAUUCUGUUUAUUCACCUAGUAGUACUGUGAAUAGAAGAACAACUACUCCACCAGAUAGUGGAGUGGUAUUUGAAGGGUUAAGCAUUUCAGCAGGACUUAGAAAUAAUGACCUUAUAAGACAGGCUUCACUAAGGAGACCAACCACAGUUGCAGAUGAACGAUCUUUGCGGAAAAUACAAGAGCAGGAUAUUAUAAAUUUCAGGCGAACUCUCUAUCGGGCUGGUGCUCGUGUUAGAAAUAUUGAAGAUGGUGGCCGCUACAGGGAUAUUUCUGCUGAAUUUUUUCGUAGAAAUCCAGCUUGUCUUCAUAGAUUAGUUCCCUGGUUAAAACGAGAACUUACAGUUCUUUUUGGAGCUCAUGGUUCUUUAGUGAAUAUUGUACAGCACAUCAUCAUGAGUAAUGUUACUCGCUAUGACUUAGAGAGUCAGGCAUUUGUAUCUGAUUUAAGACCAUUUUUACUUAAUCGGACCGAACAUUUUAUACAUGAAUUUAUCAGUUUUGCUCGAUCUCCUUUUAACAUGGCAGCCUUUGACCAGCAUGCUAAUUAUGAUUGCCCUGCCCCUUCAUAUGAAGAAGGUAGUCAUUCUGAUUCUUCAGUCAUAACAAUUUCUCCAGACGAAGCUGAGCCCCAAGAGCUGGAUAUUAAUAUAGCCACUGUUAGUCAAGCACCAUGGGAUGAUGAAACUCCAGGACCAUCUUACUCAAGCUCUGAACAGGUACAUGCUGCUAUAUCUUCCCUUUUAAAUUCUUCUGACAGUUCAGAUGAUGAACUUGUAUCGGCAAGGGCCACAUCUCAGAUACAAGGAGUACAAACCAACGAGGACCUAAAUAAUGACAGUGAUUCUUCCUCAGAUAAUUGUGUCAUUGUUGGGUUUGUUAAACCACUAGCUGAGAGAACCCCAGAACUUGUUGAACUAUCUUCUGAUUCUGAGGAGUUAGGCUCUUACGAGAAAAUGGAGACAGCGAAGACACAAGAACAAGAGCAGUCUUACAGUUCGGGCGAUAGUGAUGUUAGUAGAUGUUCAACUCCACGCUCUGUCCUUGGAAAGGAUGAGCAAAUAAAUAAAGGCCACUGUGAUUCUGUUACAAGAAUCAGAUCAAAGAAUGAGGAAAAACGAUCUACAUCACUGUCAUCUCCCAGAGACCUGAGCUUAUCUAUCAGAGGAGACAGGGUAUAUUCUCCUUAUAACCAUAGACACCGGAGGAGGGGACGAUCAAGAAGUUCAGAUUCACGUUCACAGAGUAGAAGUGAUCAGAAGAAUCAUAGGAAGCAUCAUGAGAAGAAAAGAAUGAAAAGCAAACGAUCCAGAAGCAGAGAUAGUAGCCGACCUAGAAGUAGAAGAGACAAAAAGAGAUCACGAACUAGAGAGAGCAGUUGGUCCAGAAGAAGCCAAACUUUGUCUUUAAGUAGUGAAAGCACAAGCAGAUCCAGGUCUCGCAGCAGUGAUCAUGGUAAAAGAAGAUCACGAAGCAGAAAUAGAGAUCGUUAUUACUUAAGAAAUAAUUUUGGAAGCAGAUAUAAGUGGGAGUAUACCUACUAUAGUAGAAAUAAGGACAGAGAUGGUUAUGAAUCAUCUUACAGGAGGAGGACACUAUCCAGAGCUCAUUAUUCUAGACAAUCUUCAAGUCCAGAAUUUAGAAUUCAGUCUUUUUCUGAAAGAACAAAUGCUCGAAAAAAAAAUAAUCACAGUGAAAGGAAAUAUUAUUACUAUGAAAGACACAGAUCAAGGAGCUUAUCUAGUAGUAGAUCAAAGACUGCAUCUACAGGACCUGACCGGGUAAGAAAUGAAAAACCUGGAGGGAAACGAAAAUAUAAAACACGUCAUUUGGAGGGUACUAGUGAAGUAGCUCAGACAUCUCGAGACUUUGCCUCUAAAGUUAAGGAGAGUCAUUACCAAAAGUCUUCAUCAAAAUUGGAUGGAAACUACAAAAAUGAGAGUGACAGCUUUUCAGACAGCCGAUCAUCAGACAGAGAAACAAAACAAAAGAGGAAGAAAAGGAGAACCCGGAGUCUAAGUGUAGAGAUAGUCUAUGAAGGAAAAGCCACCGAUACAACUAGACAUCAUAAAAAGAAAAAGAAGAAACACAAGAGGAAGCAUAAGAAACAUCAUGGGGAUAAUGCUUCACGUUCUCCAGUUGUCAUCACUAUUGAUAGUGAUAGUGAUAAGGAUUCUGAAGUAAAGGAGAAUACAGAAUGUAACAAUAGUGGUCCUCAAGACCCUCUACAGACUGAGUUUUUGGCACCAUCCUUGCAGCCAGUUGAAACUAAAGAUGUAGUUACAAUAGACGAUGAAUUUGGUGUUCUGGACAGGGAGUGUGACAUUACUUCACUCGAUACUAACAGAACUGUAAAUAGUACUCCACCACAGAUAACUUCAGUUGAACAAACUCUUGAUGUUAGAGAAGAAAGCACCUUUACCUCUGAUUUGGAGAACCAGCCGAGUAAUAUGUCUAUUCAAACUGAGCCAUCAUUACAAUUGCCAUCUCCACGGACAUCAUUAAUGCCAGUGUCUCUUGGUGGAGACUGUGAUUUGUCUUAAAUUUGCCAAAGCAUCUCAUUAAUAUUUCUGAAAGGAACAAUGUCAUUAACUUAAGUCAGUCUACUUAAAGAGGACUGACUUGCAGUGAAAACUCUUUUCCCCUUUAAAAUAUUUUGUGUUUCUUUGUGUUAAAACUUUGUAAAAAUCAUUAUUUGUUCAAAAAGUAUGUAUGUUCCGCCUCAGAGAUAAGCACUUUUAAGUGGAGAAAAUGAUACUGCUAGUGGUUUAUUUAAAACUUGGAAUCCUUUUUAAGUAAAAAAUUGUAAAGUUUAGAAGUUAUUUCAUAAAGCCAUAUGGUAUUGACAUAU